GUUCAUACACAACCAUGGUUGCCGAGGACGUCGAGAUGAAGGAGGAGGUGGCAGUGGAGGAGACUGGAUCUCCCGAGGUGGAGGUGAAGGAGAUCUCCGUGCUGGACGCCCUGAAGGAGGUUCUCAAGAAGGCCCUUAUCUUCGACGGCCUCCGCCGCGGACUCCACGAGUGCGCCAAGGCGCUUGACCGUGGCUCUGCCCGUUUGUGCUGCCUGGCCAAGGACUGCGACAACCCCGAGUACACGCAGCUUGUUCGCGCGCUCUGCGACGAGGGCAAUGUGCACCUCAUCAUGGUGGACACCCGCCAGGAGCUCGGACAGUGGGCCGGCCUAUGCAAGAUCGGCGCCGAGGGGGAGGCCACCAAGAUCGUGCCUUGCUCUUGCGCCGUGGUGACCGACUACGGAGAGCAGACCCAGGCUCUUGGCGUGCUCCUUGAGCACCUCAAGAAGGGCGGAGACUAAAUGCAGCGAUUGCCUUUGAAAGAGUUAUAGUGGUCGUGAGAUCCUGCGCCGGAAAGAAUACGGGGAUAGGGACGAGGGGAAGUGGCUGUUGAUAGUAUUUCCUCGUUUCGUGGUUCUCUGACUCUCCUGCCUUCCGUGAAUAGGUGGUAUCUCCUUCGCUAAGCUUGGCAUCCUGCCAUCCAAAGUUCUUUCGGCGAGAAAGCAAACGGCCAUAUAUACGACGGCGAGCGUUUUUCUUUACUACGUUUGCUUCUGUGGGAGAGAUGGCAUUUCUCGUACCCGGCACACUUAUUGCUCACCCGGAGUUGCCAACGCUCGACUGUGGCGACAAGCAGAAACCAACUCUUGGCCC